GGGCGCACAUGACACCAAACCAACAUUGGCCCCCCGUAUUUCACUUGACCCCCCCGGGCUUGCUAUUCUUCAUUCUUCUCCCCCCCGACACCCCCGAGCUCUGCUCGUUCUCUCUCACUUCGUCCUUUUCCUCCAUUCGCAAUUUCUCAAGCAUGUUCAAUGGCGUUUUGGGUGGUUGGUGGGGAGGCAAGGUCAUUGUCCCAGGGCGAGGGCCGCGCCUUCAAUCCCGAUCUCUACGUUGUGGGUGGCAAAAGGAGAAUUGGUCACCCUGACGAGAACGAUUUCUACGACGACUAUUUUUCCGGACACGACGAUAAACCUACGCACAAGAAGGCUCGGAUCUCGCAUCUCACCUCGGACACACAGCAUGUCUAUUCACCACAGGCGUCGGUGCCCAUUCAGAAUCUCUCCUUCUUAGUCAUCCGAGAGCAAACAUCGCCACCACCCGAUCCGGCCGACGCCGAAGUCAGCUCAUCGCAAAUGGAGCGAACCGCCUCCGGCCUUUCCAUCUCUUCAGACACGAACAUCUACAGUGCCGAAAAUGACGAAGACGUGAGGCUUCUGGAUGACCACGCCGCGGCCAGACUUGUUGAAGACCGAUUGCACCUUGGCCGGCGGAGGACGAAGGAUACUCAGCAUGAGAGAAUUCUGAGGUCACUCAUCCGGCCGCGUUCUCGGGAGGCGGAAUUCUCCAUUGACAACGCUGCUUUGGAGAGCAUCUUUUCUGCCGCCAACGAGAUCUUCUUCCACAACAGCCUAUCCCAGCGCGUCACAUGGGACUGGUCUCAUGCAUCCAGCGCCCAGUACAAGGAUCACAUCAUCGGCACUACGGCUCUCCGACGAUCCAAAAUGGGUGGCUUUGAGACCCUCAUCGUCCUCUCCAACCCCAUCCUCAAGAACAAGAAAUACAACCGACGACUGCUCAUUUCCACCUUUUUGCACGAGCUUAUUCACAGCUACCUCUUUAUCAAAUGCGGUGUCAAGGCCCGUGAAUGUGGAGGCCACACGGUGGGGUUCCGGAGGAUUGCAGAGCUCAUUGACCUCUGGGCUGGUUCGGAUAACCUGCACCUCCAAAACAUGGAAGCCGACCUGGACCACUUUCGGGAAGACGAACAUCAUCUCCCGGUUGAUGAUGCGAGCUACAUGGACACACCAUUCAGAGCCGGAUUUCUCGAGACCCAAGGGUACCUCAGCCCUAAUCAUCAUACACAUUACGACCACCAACAUUACGAAAGACGUCGAUAUCGAUCACAAGACCGAUGGGAUUGCUGCAUCAAUGACCACCGCGGAUACUUCUCCGUCAGCCGGGGCAGCAGUCCCACGUCCACCAACCCCACCACGGCUGAGGAGGACUUUGAAGAAGUGGACCCCCUGGAAGAAGGUGAGAUUCGCGAGCCACGUGGCCGGCGCUUGUGCCCGGACGACUACGUGCCCAGCAGGCAAAUGUCGAGCCAUCGCGAACGGUAUUAUGAGUCACACAUCAGACCCUCCACAUACGACGGGCGAUGGGCCUGUCCCGACGACCGGAGGAGUGCCGUAGCUCUGAGUUACGGCAACACCCCGAACUCAGUUGUCCCGUCAUACGUUUAGGGGAUGUGGGGACACAUCUCCGACCUGUGUAUAACACGUUUUUAUCUUGUUUUGUCUGGUGCCUAUGGCAAGGCGGGUCUGAUUGGGGUUAAAAAAUACAUCAAGCAUGGCGACGGAGUUCUUCCAUCUAUUACUUCAGGCGUUUCUACCAGCAUUGGGGGGUUCCAUGGUGCAUCGUUACUGGUCGGCGGUCGGGUUAUCAUAUCAUGGUAUCAUCUUGUAAUCCCUCUCAUCUUCUGCCUCAUCAUUGACUAGAUCUUGUUUCAAUCAGCUCGCUCUGGCGGGUAGCAUCACUACCCUUAACCAUGUCAUAUCAAACAAGCGGCGGCGGCAUCGUCACCAGACCUGUCCGCCCCUCCACCCUCCGCCGUAUGGCUCUUGCAGUUGGUGUUGACAACAAGGCAGCUGCAAAGGCCGCUAUGAAGCGCACACAACUUGAUUGCAUCACCCAAUGUCGCCGACGAGGAGGUUCAAGUCGAUCAGGCCUCUGCUUCGAAACCAUGCGCCUCUCUUGGUACCGUUUUGAGGGGAGCGUGCCCAGGCUGCGACAGCUGUCAGAUGUGCAAGAUGCACCCAAGCGUUGCCGCGAGACCGACU